AUUAUUUUGCCCGGCGGGAGAGCGAUUCUAUUUUCGUUACGUAAGAAACCGUCUGCUAACGUUUGGGGUUGAAUGCAAAAUCUUGAUCUGCAAUCCAGAGGAGGGAAUACAUCAGGCUUGUGAGUCACCCAGAAUAGGCACCCAGUGAUAUUCCUCAGAUCCUAGAGAAAGGGACGGCAUGGCCACAAUGAUGUCACAUCAGAACAAAGGGGUUUCAUUGAACAAUCUGAAAGGCUAGCCAGAUGUGAAUAGCUGGGAAGCCGUGGAUCUGUGGACAGUAAGAGAUUAGAGACUAACCAGGCUCAGGUUGACUUCAUGGGGCUACUGUUAUACUGACAAGCCCCUGUAGAUGAGAAUUUGACAGCUCCUGCUUCAAAGUGGAACCUGAGCCAGACAAGGACAGACAGGAGUGGGGAAUAUCAUCAAUACCUUCCUCUGAAGAAGAAGGCUAGCUUGUGGCACCUUGAUAACCUCACUAUUGACAUGUAGAGUUCUUAUAUCACCGGUUCCUCGGCAAACUCAUGCAGGCUUGUAUCAUGGAAACGGGGUAUAGCAUAUUCCCUGCUAAGACUCCGUUGACUCACACAGAAUCUCAGCCUGAUGUUGGGGAAAAUACCAAAAAGAGUGACCUUCUCCUCUCUCAGGACUGUUUCUCAGAGUAUGCCAAAAUACACACUAGGCUUCCAACGGGGAACAAUCUGGCUGUGAACCGGCGGGCAGACAGACAGCACUCCAAGCGUAUGAGACGGAGGCUUGUCUACAAGAAUGGUGAAGUAAACAUCACACAGUCAAACAUCAGAAAACGCAGACGCAGGUACCUGGCGGACAUAUUCACAACAUUGGUGGAUAUAAAAUGGCGAUACAAUCUAAUGCUUUUUGCAUUAGCCUUCAUUUUAAGCUGGCUGAUAUUUGCUCUGAUUUGGUGGUUAAUUUGUUUCAGCCAUGGUGAUUUACACGAGCAGAACAAGAACAACAAGGAGUGGGUGCCAUGUGUUAUAGCCAUUCACUCAUUCACCUCAGCACUGCUGUUUUCUAUAGAAACCCAGCACACCAUAGGCUAUGGCUCCCGCUCUACCACGGAGGAAUGUCCGGAGGCAAUUGUGGUGAUGAUGAUUCAGUCCUGCUUUGGUGUGAUCUGUCAAGCCAUGAUGACUGGCAUUGUCUUUGCCAAACUUUCACGACCUAAAAAACGAGCGGAGACCUUAAUGUUCAGUAAGAAUGCUUGUGUUUGCAAACAGGACGGCUCCCUUUGCCUGCUGUUUAGAGUGGGAGAUAUGAGAAAGUCACACUUAGUGGAAGCUCAUGUUAGAGGAGUGCUCAUUAAAAAGAAAAUCACUAAAGAAGGGGAAGUUUUACCCCUGUAUCAGUUUGAUGUGGAUUUGGGAUUUGCUGAUGGCCGUGACCGCCUUUUCUUGGUAUGGCCAGUUAUUAUAGUGCAUAAAAUUGAUGAAGAAAGCCCAUUCUGGGAAAUUUCUGCAGAGGACUUGCACCGUGAGCAGUUUGAACUUGUGGUUAUCAUGGAGGGUAUCGUGGAGUCAACAGGGAUGACCACUCAGGCUCGCAGCUCUUAUCUCCCAGGAGAAAUCCUGUGGGGUCACCGAUUUGAGCGCCUGGUCACGUUCCAGAAGGAAAACGGCCAGUAUCAGAUUGACUUCUCUCGGUUCCACAACACCAUUCCAGUAGAAACCCCUCACUGUAGUGCAAAGGAACUUUCUGAAAUGGAUGAUACGGAGACACCAGCCGACCAAGUGUACAUCCAUGAUAUCGAUGAUGAUGACAACACAUCUACCCUAUCCAAACCUGAAAUGAUGCCCAGCCCCUAUGUUAUCAAGAGACAUGGGGUGGCGCAAACAGACUUUUUUGACAAUGAAGGAGACUCGCGUCGAGACUCAAUACUAAGUAAGGGGAGUGUGAGCACUGAAGCUGGAUCUAUUAGGGAGGAAUCUGAAACUCUUCUCUGAGGCACCAUCAUCUCCUGUAUAGAUAAUAUUACAUGUACUUGCUAGAAUUCUGUCCUGGCUCUGAUGUUGGAACCUUACCUGACCAUCUGUGCGCUGUAAAUGUUCCACGAUUGGUGUGAUUUAGUUCAAGGACAUUCUGUACAAUACUCUGCGAGUUAAUACUGGAACUGGCAGAAGAGUUACACUGCAGGCCGCUGGAUGUCUCGUUCAAGAGCACAACUCUCAUCAUCACACAGCAGGAAUAGAGCGUCUGACAGAAUAUUACUUGUUCUUUUCAAGUUUUCUUUUCAAUAUUGCAGCCUUUUGUGAGAAGUCUACAUAUACAAGACCAACAAAUCUUUUCUGAUAUUGAUGCUGACUGAUCAGCUGGAUAUUUUUUUGCACUGCAUGGAUUUUGUGCUUUUGCAUCAGGAGUUGUUCCCCUUGUUCAGGACUUCUUUGUGAAUGAGUUCAAGGCCUGACUAUCAAGUGUUUGUGUUACCAGCACAUUUACUGUAUUAAAUGUGUUUGAUAAUUGUUACAUUGUAAAUGUAGGCUUAUGUGAUGCGAUUUUAUUAAGACAACAGAGCUGUGUCAAAAGUGUCCAAUAAUUGUUUUCUGUAGAGAGUGGACAGGAACAAGAAAUUGUGAGAAGCUGCUGAGAGGGUAUGGUGAUCACAUGCGAGCUGCGUUUAAUUAUUCAAAUUUUUUGCUGUUUAUUCUCAGUGUUAUGUGAGGUGCUGAGUUCUGUAUUCUAUGAUGUGAACUACCUGACUUUGUGUUGUGCCAGGUAAUGAGGAUAGAUAUCGUUACAUGGACAGUACAUGGUAUUGUAUAUGUAGAAUUGGUUGUGAUUGACCAAUAUUGUAUAUACAUACAUGUACAUGUAUAGAUGUAUAUGUCAUCAUAUGCUAAUUUGUACAUUUAUACUUUUGACACAGAUAUAUUUUAAUAAAUCAAGAAUACAGUAUUUUACAUGUAAAAUGUGAAAAGUUUUUAUUGGUUUCUGUAGCCUGGGCUGUACAUGUGUUAUAAAUAGUGGGGUAAAUUUGGUUGCACAUGUGUAUGUAUUGGUGUGUAUGUUACUUACAUAUCAACCAAGUAGCCUGAAUUAUUAGUCAAGUUAUUGUGUAAUGAAAAGUUGAUGCCCAGAGUAGAAUGUAAUAUCCUAUCUGAAUAAUACGUACAUGGUGGAAAAAUAUCUGUUGUCUGUAAACAGUAACAGUGUAAACCUUUGUGAGGAGAUUUGCUGGUUUUGUGUAGAUUUUUAAUGUCUCCACAUUUGGAAUUUGAAUGACUAGAAGUGUGUGCACUGUUCAUCUAUGUGCUCUAUGUGCUAACACUUUUCAUUUAUCAUGCAGACUAGGUGUACCCUAGGAAGCUGUAUUUUAUAAACAAUGAGUGAAUUUCAGCCCUGGCGUUUAAUUUGUUGCUGUAUUAGGUUGCUCAGAAAACACAGAAUUAAGUCAUGGGAAGAAAACUUGAAAAUUUGCUCUGCAGUGUAAAUAUUUCACAUGAUUUGUGGUAAAUCAUGUGCUGUUAACUUUGCAGCAGAGAGAUCUGUUUGAAUAGGAAGUGCACAUCCCAGGGUCUUGUCCUUAAUGUAUCUGUAUAAUAAAGCACCUGAUGAGAUUUUAAGAGAUUGAAGGUGUAAAUACAUUUAUGUUUAAUCACCACACCACAUUUGGAGAACCCUAUCUGUGAAGACAUUCCUGAUUUAACAGUAGCCCUGUUUAACCCGGGUUUGUAGUUAGGUACAAUUAUGUGUAUGUCCUACAGGAGACUGACUUUUAAUGUUAUAUUACAAAACCUGACAAUCAAAACCUUCAUCAUAAACUGUUGAGUACAUCUAUGUCAUAUCGGACCGGGUGCAUCAACAUGUUUUCCUUACAAAAUUAUUGGUUAUCAGUAAUAAUCUAAUAUGGCUUUUUUGCUAUCUCCAUCAUUUAGAUUUAUAAACGUUCCACAAGUGAGAUUCAGUGCUGCGUGUUGACAAUUUACAAAGCCAUUUACAUCAUUUAUUUUCAUUUUAAUGCAUGAUAUCUUUUAGCUCACUAACUAUGUUGAGUGUAUAAGUUGUAUUCAAUAAUUACUACUUUACUUUUGUGUUUAUAUCUGUAUUACUGAGUCAAUGGCAGUUUCACAUACAUGCUUUUUAUGUCCAGAUAUAUUCACUUUAUGUGUAUAUAUAACAUUGUGUUUGUUAAUUAGGUUAUUACUUUUGUUUUGUUGAUUUUUAUAGCUCUAUUUUAAUCAGAAACCGUAGUUUUCAUCAUAGACUUGUUUCAGUAUUGUCUGAUAUUUGAAAACAGUUACUGGGCAACACAUUCACACUAUUUCCCAGUUAUAUGUCAGUUGCUGUUAACCUGAAAAUGUGUAUGGUCAUAUUGCUAUAUGAACUUUAAAACUCCACAGACAUAUAAACCUCAGUGUACAGCAUUUAGUUUUACUCUGCACCUUACUUAAUAUCCUUAUACAAGAGGAAUCUCACAAGUAUAGAUCACAACCUGUAUUCUUUUUGCCAGUCUACUGGCAGUUUUGUCAAACACCUGUCACUUUUCACCUGUGCCUUGUACCCAUGUUAACCUGAUGGCUUUUUGUUUUAUAUGUUCUACAUGUACAUUUACAAUAUUCAAAGCCUGAAGCUAAAGUUUUAUCAUGUUUAUGGAACUUUCUGACCUGAAACAGAUUAUUUAAGACCAUCACUGUCUGGGCUUUGCAUGCCAUACGUGUAAGGAUGGCUUCUGUCAGUUUACAGACACCUCCAGCAAUACAAGAAAGGUAAACGGCUUUUUUCUACUCUAUUAUCAGUCAUGAUAAUUCCACCAGAUACAUUCAUGCUACGUGCAUGUAUGAUGCAGCAGUACAUACUUGUAUGUGAAUAUAUUAAUGUGUGUGUAUAUAUAUGCAGAGUGUUAUCUAAAGCUGUUGUCAGCAACCCGUUUUUGAGGUCACAAGCGGCUUCUAGCUAAACCUUGUCAUAUAGUCACCAUGUAUUCGGAAGGGUAUAUUACUCAUUUACCACUAUACAGUGUAUAUGUAGGGAGAUUUUAACUGACAUUUCAUCAACUUGACAAUAUUACAAGUACCUGGAACUGGAGCUACUGAGGGAGGAAGUGAAGUUGGUUCUGAAAAAAAAAAAAAACCCACACAUUAUGAACCAUUAAUUCUUGCCAGUCUGUCCACAGGAAAUAUACACAUUUAUAGCAUUGAGUACACAGUAAUGCAACUAUAAUGUAUGAUAAAUAAAGAUCAGAAAAUAAAUAUGUUUUAUUUGAGAUACAUGACUGGUGAGUAAAGUAUGAUCUGUUUGCCUGACGUAUGGAUCUCUUGAGAUCUAUUUCAUACUCAUUAUUAUUCACCAUAAACACGCUGUAGGCCUAUGUUCGUAAUGCUAACAGGCUGUUUCUCAGAGUAGCCAUAACAUUUUAUGUGGUCAAAUUUAUAAUGGUAAGGUUUCAGCUGCAUUGAGGAACACUCAACAAGUAAUGCAGUUCACAGUGUCAUAGCAUCAGAUUGAAUUGGGAAUGGCUAUAUCUGUGCUCUUCAAUCAAAGAAGACCCAGAUGGGAUGCAAACCACUAUGCUGAAAACAAUCCAAAAUUGUUCCAGUAUUAAGUAUGUUCAGUCCUGUAGGUGAAGGCAGCACUCUGACUGGGUAUUCCCAUUUUGUUGAUCAAAAUUCCACUGAUGUGAACUGAUUAGUUGUUAACGAAGUUUACUGACCCUUCAAGGCUGAGUUUUCUUCAGGUCACAGAAGGGCAAUGAACAAACCAGGAUAUAAAUGUGCGUUCAUCAUUGUUACAUGUAAUGUGUGGUAGUUGGUUUUUAUUGGAUUUAAUAUCAGUUAAUUGGUUUCAUUUGAUUCACAUCACAGUCAGAAUUAAUCCUUUCACUAACAUUACUUUCUGCCUGGUUUUGAUUUGACUACCUGACAACACUGUAUCAGAUUUGUUACAUAAAUAGUUUUCCUGAAUCAGUUAUAUUCAGUGCACUUCAACACUUUGCUUAAAGUGUUUGAUUUUAUCCGGCUCUAGUUAUUUUGAUUUGCAUUUUUAUUGCAACUUUAUCACCUAUGGUUACCUGGAAUGUGAGAAACAGUAAAGAAAGUUUAUUUUCCUGUAUUCAUGUUCACAGUGAUGACAGUAUGAGGUUGAUAUAUUGAGUCAGUGCAUUCGGAUGUAAAAAAAAAAAAAAAAAUACAUGGUCAAUGCAGUAUGACUGUUUUCUGUCAUUGUUCUCCCUGUUUAUCAUGGAUUGCCCACUGCACCCUAUGCAACAUGAAGUAGCUAUGCACAUGCCUGACCCUCUCCGGUAGUGUACAGAUUGAACUUAUGCCCCAGUAUCGCCAGUGGAAUACAUGAAUUGUGGAACAAGGUAACCAUUACAUGCACAUGUAUACCUAUGUUGCGUUCACUUAGCAGAUUAACAUGGAAUUUAGCAGUAUUCAUAGUGAAAGGUUCAUGUAUACAUUAAAACUCCAGGUGGCAGACCUGUUGGCAUUUCAUGUUGCGAUUGAACUCAUUGCAGUGGUGUACCAUACAUGAUACAUGUACAUGUUUAAUAUGAUUCACUUAUAACAUGCUGCAUUUCCCAUAAUCAUCUAAAUUGUUAAGUUUUUAUCACGCUGAUAUCUCUGCUUGAUCAUUGAAGGGUGCACCUUUUGUGCAGAAGUUCAUGGUACACCACAUUGAUGUGAAUAAUAUCUGUAACUCUUGUACUGUACUGAGGUUGAGGGUGUGAUGACUUCGCAAACAUGCAGAGGUUAAAGUUUUAAUCACUUACUAGUGCACUAGGCUAUGGUUGAAAGGUAGAUCAUCUAUUAUUGCCCAAUGCUGAUGUGUUGAUCACUUACUGAAACAUCAGUCUAAGUUUGUAAGGUUUAUAAUGCACCAUUUCAGCAGACAAUACAGUUAGCAGUAUCAUGUUAACCCCACCCCAACCAAAUCAUUAGGGAAUCUGGUUUGUGUAUUUUUAAACUUCUGAUGUAAUGUUUGGACAGUAAAAUCUGUCCCGAGUUUUAGAGAAAUAAAGAAUU